AUGUCAGUAGGUGAAGACCCAGCGGUGUUCCAACAUGUCGGCGCGGUCUUUCUAGACAAUGUAUCCUCGCUCGUACUGGCAACCUUGCUCUAUGGCAUAGGAGCACUGACUCGUGCUAUUCAAGGGGUUCUCCUGGUUCUCGCAACGCUUUCAACGUAUCUCGUUCUCCGCAAGGAUUGGACAAAGGCCAACUUUAUUAUACUGACUCUCACUCUGACCAUGUUCGCGGCGUCCACAAGCUGUUGGGCUGUGGAACUAGUCACUGUCUUGAGGCAAAUACGGGGCAUCCUGGUUAUGCAGCCCGAUCAACCUUUGGAGAAUAAAUUCGCUUGGGUCAAUGCUUGGGUCAACGGGAUGAGAGUCUCAACUCUCUAUCUGCCCAUGAUCAAUUACAUCCUGGGUGACGCCAUCGUCGUCUGGAGGGCGUGGUCAUUGUGGCACGAUAAUCGCAAGGUCAUGGCAUUGCCGAUCGGUCUCUUGGCGUGCGCUUUCGGAUACAUGGCCAAAUCUUUGACCUCUGACACCAUCGAGAUACAGGCCGCCAUCAAUUACGCUCAGUACGCAACGUGGAGUCUGGAACUUGGAACGAAUAUAGCGGCUACUGCGCUCAUUGCGAUCAAAGCUUGGCAACAUCGGCGGCUCAUUAGGAACAUCAAUACUAGAAGACGAACCGUCGGAGAAAGGGUCCUAGCCCUGCUUGCAGAGUCUGGCGUGCUCUACUGCCUCAUGUGGGCGACAAGUCCUCAGAUUGCAGGCAUAUACCCGACUAUGAUUAUAGUCCUGGUCAGCCUCCAAAAAACCGUAUGGGACUUGUCCGAUAUCCCUGUAGGGGAUGCCGGCUCCAUGAGCUUCGCAAGGCCUCGAUCUGCCGCUGCCAUUCCAGGUAUUUCUGUCGAGGCUUUCACCAGACCGCAUAUGUCUGGAGGAGCUACCUUUCAGAUGGGCGCCGUCCAGGAUACGGGCAUACACGACUAUACUAACCAAGGGAAGCCAGCUGAAUUAAAUAUAACAUCCCAAGCCUAA